AGUUUGCGCCAGGCUCGGCCAUGUCGGGGGACGGCGAUGAAGAGCUGGCGGGUUUCGUGGCCCUGCACGGGGCUGCGCUCCGCGCCUCCUGCGUCCCGGCGCGCUACUGGGAGAGCCUGUGCCGUAAGCUGCGCGGAGAGGUGUUUGAUGCUGGUGACUACUUUGGGAUAAUGCAAGUAGAAGAGGUAGAUGAGGAAGAGGAAGGUGAUGAAGCAAUGGAAGAUGAAUUGAAAAAGAAGCCAAAUCCUGGAAAUGAACCUUGUUUCAAAGUUAUAGUAACAAAUGAGAAUGGGAUUCAAGCCUCCAAUCCUGAUAGCAUUUUCCUCAUCGACCAUGCCUGGACAUACCGCAUUGAACACGCCCGCCAGCAGCUGCUUCACGUGCCUGGCUUACUUCACAGAAUGGCAAAUCUCAUGGGCAUCGAUUUUCACGGAGAAAUCCCAGAUGAGGGCAGUGUUGAGCAAGUGUUGCAGGAAAUGUGGAAGUACAAUCAGACCUACCAGCUUUCUCAAGGGACUGCGGAAGAGAAAGUUCCUGUCUGGUAUAUUAUGGAUGAGUUUGGAUCACGCAUUCAGCAUUCAGAUCAGCCUAGCUUUGCAACAGCACCCCUGUUUUACAUGCCUCAACAAAUUGCUUACACUGUUCUCUGGCCCCUGAGAGACCUGGAAACUGGUGAUGAAGUGACCCGUGAUUAUGCUUACGGGGAAACUGAUCGCUUGAUCAGGAAGUGUGUUUUGCUACCCUGGCUGCCCAGUGAGGUAUUGGAUGUCAACUGCUUUACCCCAGAGCCAUCAGAUGAGCAUUACCAGGCUAUUUUAGCAGAAAACAAGGAGAAACUCCCCAUAGCAAUCAACCCAUCAGUUUAUGAUAAAGACAAAGUUUUCAAGGUGUUCACAGACAUCCAACAAGUCCUCAACAGCCUGACACAUCCUCGUUUCAUAUUCACAGACAACGAGGCAGAAGCAGACAUCCUCUACAACUUCUCACACUUCAAAGAUUAUAGGAAGCUGAGUGAGGAAAGACCUGAAGUAAUGCUGAAUCAGUUCCCGUGUGAGAACCUCCUGACUGUCAAAGACUGCCUGGCAUCCAUAUCUAGACGAGCUGGAGGGCCGGAUGGGCCAAGAUGGUUGCCGCGUACUUUUAACCUGCAAACAGAGCUGCCCCAGUUCAUCUGUUACUUUCAGCAGCGUGAGAGAAGAGGAGAAGACAAUCACUGGAUAUGCAAACCGUGGAACCUGGCCAGAAGCCUGGACACCCACAUCACCAAGAGCCUUAACAAUAUCAUCAGGCAUAGGGAAAGCAGCCCAAAGGUAGUGUGCAAAUACAUUGAGAAUCCAGUCUUAUUUCACCGAGAAGACGUGGGGAUGGUUAAAUUUGACAUCCGUUACGCUGUGUUGCUGCGCUCCGUUAAACCACUCAAGCUGUUUGUCUAUGAUGUCUUUUGGCUACGCUUUUCAAAUCGGGCGUUUUCCCUUGAUGACUUGGAUGACUACGAGAAGCAUUUCACUGUCAUGAAUUAUGCUCCUGGUGUAACGUUAAAGCAGGUACACUGUGAAGAAUUUGUUCCUCAAUUUGAAAAACAAUAUCCUGAACAUCUGUGGACAACAGUACAGGCAAACAUUUUUAAGGCAUUUGCUGAAUUGUUCCAAGUUGCUUCAGCUAAACCUGCACCUCUUGGAAUCUGUGAUUAUCCGUCAUCAAGAGCACUAUAUGCCAUUGACUUGAUGCUAAAAUGGGACACCAGCAGAGAUGGAAAAAGAAUCAUGCAGCCUCAGAUUCUGGAGGUGAACUUCAAUCCUGACUGUGACAGAGCCUGCAAAUACCACCCUACCUUUUUUAAUGAUGUCUUCAGCACCUUAUUUCUGGAUGAGGCGGACAACUGCCACGUGACGUGCAUCGUCUAGCCACAGGAGGCUUGAUUCUUUCCUUCACAAUCUGCUUAAUAGCAAUAUUUACAUUUCAGUUCUAUGAGCUGCUGAUGCAAUUAUUUUCCUGUAUUAGUAACCCAGGAAAAAAAAUCAGAAUGCACAUAUACCUUAUACUGUACUGAUAAUUGUUUUGUCUGCAUUUUCCUUGUGUUGCUUCGUGCUGUAAAUCACCAAUUUGUAUUGACCAAAUGUCUUGUUUAUUGACUAUGGGAAACCUCAAAAUAGGACAGAACUGGAACACCUGAGUUGUUUCUCAGGUAGACUAAGCUCUUGCUUUCUUGCUGGGAAACGUGGCGUAGUUCCCUGUGUGAACAUUAAAAUUACAGUUUACUGAA